CUGCGAGAAAAAAAAGCCACUAGCCUAUAUAGUUUAUGGGAGGAGAGAGCCAACAGCGAGAAACCGGGGUUUGUAGUACUGGAGCAGUCUGCAAUAAGCAGGAGCUGUUCUGACUCGCACCAUUAUUAGAAACAAAAGCUCAGAAACUUCAAAGAGACGAGGAGGCGGCGAGGGGGAGACGCACGCGAGAAGAGGAUAAACUUUAUGCGGCGCGUUGAGUAAAUGAACAAACACCACAUCAACAGAUAGGCUACAUCGCUUUCUUUAUAGCGCGACUCUUCUGGGGGGUGGACGCAAAUAAUUUGUAAUGGUGAAAUAUGAGAGAACAAAACUGAGGCGGGUGAAUCGGGCACACCAAAGAAGAGACAGUCUGUGUGCGUUGAGAGAAGUUAAGCUUACGAAAAAUCAAUUUGCACCGUUGCACGGAACGGGAUUUCUGAAAGCGGGAUAAAAACUUCAUCCUCCGGGCGACUCGGGAGAAAAUUAAGCGCUCGUUCUCCUCUUUGAUUCAAUGGAUACUUUGAAUGACUAUUUCCAGCUGCGCGUUUAAUUGUAUGUAAGAAAGGUUUGAAGCCUCGGCUCUCUAUCUAUAGAGGCUUCGGGGAGAACUUGUUGCCCCACGCCACGGCGGGAAGAUUACUGUGAAAAUGAAGUCCCGUCGAGCAUCGUGGAUUCUUUCUUGGACUCUCUGCAUCUGUCUUGUCAGUGGCUGUUAUUCGCAAGAGCGCCAAGGUUAUCUGAUCGCGGCUCCCUCGGUGUUCCGCGCGGGCGUGGAGGAGGCCCUGAGCGUGACCAUCUUCCACGGCGCGGAGGACACGCGCGUGCAGGUGCAGCUGUCGGUGAAGGGGGAGACGGUGGCGCACAGCCAUGGCAUCGUACGGGAUAAAGGCACACUUAAGCUGAAGGUGCCCGUGGGCUUGCGCGGGCAGGCUCAGCUGAAGGUCUGGGGCAACCGCCACCUGACGGAGGAGGGCUACAUCUUCCACAACUACACCACCGUCACCGUGGAGAGCAAGGGAACGGCCGUCUUCAUCCAGACGGACAAGCCGGUCUACAAACCCAAACAGAGAGUGCUCGUCAAUGUGUAUUCAGUCACUCCAGACCUGAGGCCUGCCAAUGACAAGAUUGAAGCUUACGUUGUGGACCCCAGAGGGUCCCGGAUGGUCCAGUGGUCAGACCUCAAGCCCCUCUGUUGUGGGAUCGUGAACGUGACCUUCCCCCUGUCGGACCAGCCCGUGUUCGGAGAGUGGCUCAUCUUCGUGGAGAUGCAAGGGCACACCUACAACAAGACCUUCGAAGUGCAGAAGUAUGUGAUGCCCAAGUUUGAGCUGGUAAUUGAGCCGCCCCGGUACGUCCGUGACCUCAACACGUGUGAACAGACCACCGUACACGCCAGAUAUACUUUCGGUAAACCGGUCACCGGGAAACUCACCGUGAACAUGACAGUGAAUGGAGUUGGGUACUACCGGCAUGAGGUGGGGCAUCCGGUGGUUAAGACUAUGGAGAUCAAGGGCACGGCGACCUUUGACCUUUGCGUGAAGGACAUGAUGCCAGUGGACGUGGCGGAUCACUUCCGGGGCACGGUGAGCAUGUGGGUGUCGGUGGCCAGCGUGGACGGGGGGCGGCAGACGACGUUCGACGACUCCACGCCCGUCCACAAGCAGCUCAUCGACAUCAAGUACUCCAAGGACACCCGCAAGCAGUUCAAGCCCGGUCUGCCCUACAAAGGCAAGGUGGAGGUCACGUACCCGGACGGCAGCCCCGCGGACGGGGUGAGGGUUCGGGUGAAGGCGGAGCUCACGCCCAAGGACAACGUGUACACCAGUGAGCUCACCUCCCUGGGGGGCCAGGCCGUGUUCGAGAUCCCCUCCAUCCCCACCGCCGCACAGUACGUCUGGCUGGAGACCAAGGUGACCGCGAUCGAUGGCAAGCCGGCAGGCGACCAGUACCUUCCCAGCUACCUGUCCAUCAGCAGCUGGUACUCUCCCAGCAAGUGCCACCUCCAGCUCCAGAGCCCUGGGGCAGCCCUGCAGAUUGGGGAGGAGGCGGAGAUAUCCCUCAAGUCCACCUGCCCCUGCAACUUCACCCUGCACUACGAGAUCGCUUCCCGGGGCAACAUAGUGCAGUCUGGCCAGCAGCUGCCCAACAUCACCGCUCACCGCGGCAAGAGGGCCGCCGUCACCUUUGACAAGAACAUCCACACCACAGCGCCUCCUAGUGGUUCAGCGGCCACCUCCUUGCAGGGCGAAUCGGACGUCUGCGUCUCAGUGCUCCGGUUUCCCGUCACCCACGCCAUGGCCCCGCUCAGCCGGCUGCUGGUGUACUACGUGCGGGAGAACGGCGAGGGGGUGACGGACAGCCUGCAGAUCCCCGUCCAGCCCAGCUUCGAGAACAAGGUGUCCGUCUCCCUGUCGGCCAAUGAGUCGAUGCCGGGCGACCCGCUGAGCCUGAAGGUCAGAGGGGAGAGGGGCUCCUGCGUGUGUGUGGCCACUGUGGACAAGAGCCUGUACCUGCUAAAGCCGGACUUCCAGAUCAGCCCAGAUAAGGUCUUCAAGGAGCUGGCCGAGUUCGACGUGUCCGAUGCCUUCGGCGUGCCGAAGGACGACGGCCACUUCUGGUGGCCCGGGCUGUCGUCACGGCGACGGCGGCGUUCCUCGGUGUUCCCGUGGCACUGGGACAUCACCAAAGACGCCCGCUUUGCCUUCACGGAGACGGGCCUGGUGGUGAUGACGGACAUGGUGAGCCUGAACCACAGGCAGAGCGGAGGGAUGUACACGGACGAGGCCGUGCCCGCCUUCCAGCCCCACACCGCCACGCUGGUGGCGGCCAUGCACUCCCGCACGGUACCCAGGGCGGACAAACGCAGGCGGACGUUCUUCCCGGAGACGUGGGUGUGGAACUGCGUCACCGUCAGCGAUCACACGGGGGAAGCUGAGCUGCGAUUGGACGUCCCCGAUUCCAUCACCACCUGGGUGACUGAGGCGAUUGGCCUGUCGGAGGAGAAGGGGCUGGGCCUGGCCCCGAGGGCGGAGCUGAGGACGUUCAAGACCUUCUUCGUGGACUUCACUCUGCCCUACAGCGUGAUCCGGGGGGAGCAGACCAAAGUUCCUCUCACCGUCUACAACUACCUGCCCACCUGCUCUGAGGUCCAUGUUAAAGUCUCGGUUCCCAAAGGGAUCAAGUUCGUGGGCCAUCCCGGGAAACACCACCUGACCCGGAAAAAAUGCGUGGCUCCCGGAGAGGCCACGCCCACAUUCAUCGUCCUGUCGUUCACCGAGCUGGGCUCUGCUAACAUCACAGUGCGCGCCGUGGCCUACAGCGAGCCAGGCUGCUGCACCGACGGGCUGCCGUCGCCCAAGACCAGCAAGAGCGGCGGCGAGGACCAGGAGGACCGGAGGACCCCCGCCGGGGUGGACUACGUGCGCAGGAGCGUCCUGGUGGAGCCUGAAGGCCUGCCCAGAGAGUACACCUACAGCGUGUUCUUCUGUCCCAACGAGAGGAUCCACAUCUCCACCCCGAACAAGUACGAGUACCAGUACGUGAAGAAGCCGGCCCGCAUGGCGCACUUCGAGGUGGCGGUGAAGACGCACAACGACGCCCACAUCGCCCUGUCGCCCAGCCCGCACGACAGCGCCGAGAUGCUGGAGAUCGUGCUGGGCGGGCGGCAGAACACCCGCUCCUGGGUCUCCCUGGGCAAGAUGGGCGAGCAGGUGGCCAGCGCCCCCACGCCCGGCGUCCUGUCCUGGGACGAGUUCCGCAGCUUCUGGAUCAGCUGGCGGGGCGAUGUGCUGCAGGUGGGCCACGGUUUGCAGCCGUCCAAUGAGACGGUGUUCCUGCAGUGGGCCGGCCCCCUCCCCGCCCAGGUGAGGCACAUUGGCUUCUCCACGGGCUGGGGCUCGGUGGGCGAGUUCAAGAUCUGGCGCAAGGAGGACUCGGACGAGAACCACAACGAGGCCUUCACCCUGGGCGUGCCGCACAACGUGGUGCCCGGCUCCGAGAGGGCCACCGCCUCCAUGAUUGGGGACGUGAUGGGCCCCACCCUCAACAACCUGGACAACCUGCUGCGGCUGCCCUUCGGCUGCGGGGAGCAGAACAUGAUCCACUUCGCGCCCAACGUCUUCGUGCUCAAGUACCUGCAGAAGACCCACCAGCUCAGCACCGAGGUGGAGGCAGAGGCCACGGACUACCUUCUGCAAGGGUACCAGCGGCAGCUGACCUACAAGCGGCAGGACGGCUCCUACAGCGCGUUUGGGGAGAGGGACUCGUCCGGGAGCAUGUGGCUGACGGCGUUUGUGCUGAAGUCCUUCGCCCAGUCCCGCGGCUUCAUCUUCAUCGAUCCCGAGGAGCUCCGGGCGGCGAAGGCCUGGCUAAUCAACCACCAGAGAGAGGAGGGCUCCUUCCCGGCGAUGGGCAGGAUCCUAAAUAAAGACCUGCAGGGCGGGAUCCAUGGGAAAAUAUCCCUGACCGCCUACGUGGUGGCCGCUCUCUUGGAGACGGGAAUAUCCACUGAGGAGGAGAAGAUGGCCGUCGCCAAGGCCAAGGGCUUCCUGGAGACCAACACGUACUCCGCAGACGACCCGUACACCACGGCCCUGUCUGCAUACGCCCUGGCCCUCCUACGCAGCCCCUACGCCCCGCUAGCGCUGCGGCGGCUCAACCACAUGGCUAUCACACAGGACGGCUUCACUCACUGGAGUCUGACUGGCAGCACGGUGACGGACGAGGACACCUUCAUGGGGUUCAGCGACGGUCUCUCACAGUCAGUGGUUUCCGCAGAGGUGGAGAUGACUGCCUACGGGCUCCUGACCUACACCCUCCUGGGUGACGUGGCCUCCGCCCUGCCCGUGGUCAAGUGGCUCUCCCAGCGGCGCAACGCUCUCGGGGGCUUCUCCUCCACCCAGGACACGUGUGUGGCUCUGCAGGCCCUGUCGGAGUACGCCAUCCUCUCCUACGUCGGGGGGGUCAACCUCACCAUUUCCCUGGCCUCCACCAACCUGGACUUCCAGGAGACCUUCGAGCUCCACCGGGACAACAAAAAAAUCCUGCAGAGCGCCGUGAUUCCCAGCAUCCCGACCGGAUUGUUUGUCAGUGCAAAGGGAGAGGGCUGCUGUCUGAUGCAGAUCGACGUGUCGUACAACGUGCCCGACCCCGUGGCCAAGCCGGCCUUCCAGCUGACGGUGAACCUGAAGGAGCCGCGCCCGGAGAGGCACGCCCCGUCCCCCUCCUCCCCCGCCUCCCCCCGCCCCCCCGGCGCCCGCCCCCGCUCCCGCGCCGACAACCGCUCGGAGCUGAGCCGCGCCCGCCGCGCCCCCGCCGACGACGACGACCCCGCCGCCCACCAGGACCACCUGGAGUACCGCGUCACCCUGGAGGCCUGCACCAGGUGGCUGCACUCCGGUUCCUCCAACAUGGCCGUGCUGGAUGUCCCACUGCUGUCUGGCUUCCGUGCUGAUGUGGAGAGCUUGGAGAAGCUGCUGAUGGACAAGAAGGUGGGUCUGAAGAGGUACGAGGUGGACGGCAGGAGGGUCCUCUUCUACUUCGACGAGAUCCCCAGUCAGUGCAUGACCUGUGUCAGCUUCCAGACACUCAGAGAGUACAUCGUGGGCAAGACCGCACCUGUGCCGGUCAAAGUGUACGACUACUACGAACCAGCCUUCGAGGCCACGCGUUUCUACAACGUCAGUGAGAGCAGCCCUCUGGCUCGUGAGCUGUGUGACGGCACCACCUGCAACGAGGUGGAGAGCUCCGCCAGCCGAUGGACAGGCUUUGUGCAGGGGAACCAAUGCAACAAUGUUUUCGGCUGCCUGGAGGAGGAGCAGUUUGAGCGCUGCACCUGCUACCGGGACUGCGGUUAUGACGGCGAGCCGGUGUGCGGGUCGGACGGGCGGGCCUAUCAGAACCAGUGCCAGAUGGAGGUGGCCGCCUGCCGGAACGGGACCCGCAUCGAGCAAGUGCCCAUGGCGCAGUGCCCCCAGAUGAAGUCUGAGGAACAGGAGCCAGAAAAGGGGCGGAAACAGGGCCCAGAGAAGGUCCCCAUACAAGCAGGUGAGGAGGAGCCGGGAUCCCUGGCGGAGGUGUCCUACUACUCCUACGAGUACGACACGGAGGCGGUGCCCUUCCCCCCGGAGGGAGAAGAGGCGUUUGAGCUGGCGGGGGAGGGGGGCGGGCAGACGGAGAAGCCGCCCACCGCCGCCGCCGCCCAGCCGCACACACUGGACGCUAAACACACGCGCGAGCGAUGAACCUCCCCCUGAGCUGCGGAAAGAGAGAGCGAGCGAGCAAACGAGAGCGAGAGAGAGAGAGAGAGAUCACUGAACUGUACAUUGCUUGUGAAUAUGAUGGCGUGAGCAGAGAAGAAGGAGGAAAGAACGAGGAGGCCGUUCGGGCCUGAGGGGGCGAGUGUGUGUGUGCGUGUGCGCGUCUGUGUGCGUGUGCGUUUGUGCAUGUGCGUAUGCAUG